AUGAAGAAGGUGUUUACUUUCCUUCCUGGCCAUCGCAACGACGGAGCAAAUCGCGAUUCGGCCGAUGGUCUUGGGAGUGUCUCUAAACGGCGAGAACAACUCCGGAAAGCGCAACGUACACACCGUCAGCGCAAGCAUCAAUAUUUCAAGAGCCUAGAAAGUGAAGUCUUACGUCUACGUGCCAGUGAAGUGAGCUUACUUGCUCGAGUUCAAACCUUAAGCGAUCACGUCAACCAACUUCAAAGAACUCUUGGGCGACAUGGGCUUUCUGAAGUCGCUGCACUCAGCGGUACACUGAAAACAACUAAUGGCGGUGGGCUAGACUUGGCCAUGAACAAAGACUCAAUUCAAGAUUAUGAACAGCUGAAAAGUGGGGUGACCUCAAGAGAGCUCCCAGCGGGUAUAGAUUUUGAUUUGGCGGAUCCGUCAUCGCAUCUAAUCAGCCAAGACCACUUGGAUCACGUCAUGUCGGACCACUCACCAAAGGUCCACACUGAACUCAUUGAACCAACUAGCAUUCAAAAUCUCGAUCUACUUUCCGGUCCACAAGUUGUCACUUCUCAAUCAAACUAUAUACAAUCUAGAUGCACCGGCCUACUAUUUAAUCCAGACAUGGCUGACAUGGGGAUGGAAUUCGUCAUGGCACUUGAACACCCCUGUCGUCCUCAUCUGGAGCUUCAUUUAGACAAGCCCAAUGGCCAUGCUCUCCUCACAUCGGCCACCCUCAUUGCCCCACACCAUCAGCAACAUUUCCCGCUCACAGCUUCAAACCAAACCCAACAGUGCCACACUGCACAAAACCCGCACACUAUCUUCGAGAAACUACUAGCCUUGUCUGGACAACUCGUUGUCGAGGAUGAACUUAGCCCAAUUCAAGCUUGGUACUAUAUCCUUCAACAAUCCUGGGCAAGCAAGCUCGGUCCUAGAAAGCUUAGGAAGCUGAGUGCCUCGCUUUUGAAGCUUAUCGAAUGCCACGGUGUCACUAAGGUGUUCGUCUAG